AUGAUAAUCUUCCAUUAUCUUGAGGCCAACAAAUUUCCUCUUAAAAAAAUAUAUUUUCUGACUCAAAUAAAAAAUAAUACUCUGUUGAAUAUUUAUUGAGGCAAAUAAAAAUCAACCAUUAAAAUAAUGCCACGAGUAAUAACACGUGAGAAGGAUUUUGGAAUCCUACAAAUAACAUGAGGUUGUGCAUUAAAAUCAGUAUCAGUGUCCAACAACAAGAGUGUCCACUGAUCUUCAGAUUACUAUUCUGAGACAAAGCUCUCUGCUUUCUUCUUUCAGAUUUCUCACUUAACCCAGUUUCAGGCUAAGCAAUGGCAUCUGUUGCCACUUCUCACUUUGUUUCUAGAAGUGCAUAUUCUGCCGUUCCGGAAAGUAAAGCAGCUUUGGCUCAGAUUGACCUUAAAACCCUCCUCAGCACUCAUAAUGGGUUGAGGUCAUUAAACAAAGCUGACAUGCUACAGAUGAAAUCCAAUUCAAAAGCAUUGACUAAGAAUGUAAGAAGCAAAGUGAGCAAAACCCCGAAUGAUCUGCCACACAGAGCUACUAUUCGUGGAAUGAACAUUGUGUUCGUCGCAACUGAAUGUGAUAAGUUUUGCAAAACUGGUGGUCUUGGUGAUGUUGUUGGUGGACUCCCACCAGCUUUGGCUAAAAGAGGACAUAGGGCAAUGGCAAUCAUCCCUCGCUAUGACCAAUACAAAGAUGCAUGGGACACCAAUGAACUUGUUGAGUUGAAAGUUGGAGACUCACUUUUCAUGGUCCGUCUCUUCCAUACUUACAAAAGGGGAGUAGACAUUGUUUUCGUGGACCAUCCAAUGUUCCUUGAGAAGGUAUGGGGAAAAACUGGCUCGAAGCUCUAUGGUCCUACAGCUGGUUCAGAUUUUGAUGACAACCAAAUUCGUUUCAGUUUACUCUGCCUGGCUGCUUUGGAGGCUCCUAGAGUUUUGAAUUUGAACAACAAUCCGAACUUCUCUGGCCCUUAUGGGGAGGACAUUGUGUUUGUUGCCAACGACUGGCACACUGGCCUGCUUCCAUGCUACCUCAAAUCCAUGUAUCAAUCUAAGGGUAUCUAUAAAAAUGCCAAGGUUGUCUUCUGUAUCCACAACAUAGCUUACCAAGGGAGAUUCGCCUUUGAUGAUUUCUCAAAACUCGGCCUUCCUGAUGAAUUUAAGGGUUCCUUUGACUUCAUAGACGGGCACGUUAAGCCAGUUAAAGGAAGGAAAAUCAACUGGAUGAAGGCCGGUAUCUUGGAGUCCGACAGGGUAGUGACUGUCAGUCCAUAUUAUGCUCAGGAACUCCUCUCGGGCCCUGCUAAAGGAGUUGAGUUGGACAAUGUAUGUCGUGUGGCUACUCUUACAGGCAUCACCAAUGGCACCGACACCCAGAUCUGGAACCCAUCAACUGAUGAAUAUAUUUGUGUCAACUAUGACAAAACUACGGUAAUGGAUGCAAAACCACUUCUAAAAGAAGCCCUUCAAGCAGAAACUGGGUUAGAGAUUGAUCCAACAAAACCAUUGAUCGGAUUCAUUGGUAGACUCGAGGAACAGAAAGGUUCUGAUAUUCUUACUGCAGCAAUUCCAGAAUUCAUCGGAGAGGAUGUCCAAAUAAUUGUUUUGGGAACUGGUAAAAAAGCAAUGGAGAAGCAAAUAGAAGAACUUGAGAUCAAAUAUCCAGGCAAAGCUAUCGGAGUGGCAAAGUUUAAUAGCCCUUUGGCUCAUAUGAUAAUUGCUGGUGCUGAUUACAUGCUAAUUCCUAGCAGAUUUGAGCCGUGCGGUCUUGUCCAGUUGCAUGCCAUGAGCUAUGGAACUUUGCCAAUUGUUGCCUCUACUGGUGGGUUAGUGGACACAGUCAAGGAAGGCUAUACUGGAUUCCAGAUGGGUGCAUUUAGUGUUGAAUGUGAUACUGUAGACCCACAAGAUGUUACUGCUGUAGCCACAACUGUGAAGAGAGCCCUCAAAACCUACGGUACCCCAGCCAUGAAAGAGAUGAUCCAGAACUGCAUGUCUCAGGAUGUAUCUUGGAAGGAACCGGCUAAACUGUGGGAAAAGCUGUUGUUGAGCUUAGAAGUUCCUGGAAGUGAACCAGGUGUUGAUGCAGUAGAAGAAAUUACUCCAAAAACCGAGAAGGUUACCGCUGCUGUAUGAUAUUUUCUGCCCUACAAGAUUAUAAACGCUGUGGAAUCUACUAACGGUACAUAAUACUACCCGUGCUGACGUUUACAUCUAAGGGAAUAAUUCAGCACUCCGAUUUCAUCCUUCAAUCUACCACUUAUGUGGAAUACCUAAGGGUGCACGCUAUGGCACAUUCAAAAGGCUAGAAAUGUAUAAGUUUGUAUAAAUCCGUUGUUCCUAUGGUAUCAGGUGCGGUUUUUUGCGCAUCAUUGUGCUUAUGUACGUGUUGCUAAGUUCGUGUGUAGGGUGCAAUAACACUCUGUGCCUGAAGCAAUCAGUUGUAGUAUGAGAUUGUGAAAUCAGUAUAUGAAGUUUUGAAGA